CGCGCUCUCCGGCGCGCACGCUGGCGCAGGGGCAGGUGGGACAGCGUAAUGGCGGCUGCCGAUCUUGAGCGGGUCCCCGACGUGGUGGUGGACUCGAGCGGCGUCUUCAAGUACGUGCUGAUCCGUGUCGGGCAGGAGGGCGGUCCCGAGAAGGACAUCGUGCGGGGAUGGGCCUCGGCGGAGUACCACGCGGAUAUCUACGACCAGGUCUCUAUGGAGAUUGAGAAGCAGGGCCUUUACUGUGAGUGCCAGGGUGGAGGUCGAAUCAGGCACGAUAAUGGAGAGAAGAAGAUACAUGUUUACGGAUACUCCAUGGGCUUUGGUCGGGCAAAACAUGAAAUAACAACACAGAUCCUGAAGGUGAAGUACCCAGACUACACUGUGACCUGGGCAGAUGAAGGGUACUGAGAUGGCCGAGGACACACUCCACCUCCGGGUUGAUACAGCAGCACUGCUGACAGUGUUAAAAACUUCUUGCCUGUGGGCUAAGGCCUCCUGAUGUAAAAGCAACUCAGCUCAAUUAAUCUAGAAGUUUUUUUGCUGCAACUGCACUGCCUGUUCAACGGAUCAUGUAUGAUGUGAUCUUUGUUAAAGAAUGAUUCAUCCUUUA